AUGGACCAAGUCGUGGACGGCGGUCGUCUGCCACUGGAGGCGUGGUUCUGGGAGAUGCCCAUGUGCACCCGCUGGUGGACUGCUGCCACGGUCCUGACCAGCGCUCUCGUCCAGUGUCGCAUAGUGACCCCCUUCCAACUCUUCUACAGUUUUCGCGCCGUCUUCGUCAAGUCCCAGUAUUGGCGGCUUGUGACAACUUUCCUCUACUUCGGUCCUUUCUCGCUUGACCUUCUUUUUCAUAUAUACUUUCUUCAACGUUAUGCACGCCUCCUCGAAGAAUCCUCGGGUCGAUCGCCGGCGCACUUCUCGUGGCUGCUGCUUUAUGCAAUGGCUAGCCUCAUCGCCUUGUCGCCGCUCGUCUCUAUGCCCUUUCUGGGUCACCCACUUUCCUCGACACUUGUUUACAUCUGGUCGCGACGCAAUCCUGAUACCAGGCUAAGCUUCCUCGGCCUGGUCGUCUUCACCGCCCCCUACCUGCCCUGGGUUCUCAUGGCGUUCAGCCUCUUCAUGAACGGGUCCGUUCCCAGAGACGAGAUUAUGGGAGUCGUCAUCGGCCACGUCUGGUACUUCUUCGCAGACGUAUAUCCGCCGCUGCAUGACGGCUCAAGGCCGCUCGACCCUCCAGGGUGGUGGAUCCGAAUCUUUGAAGGAGGGGCCCCCGGGGAUUCUGGCCGUGGCAUUAACAACGAUGUCGUGGCCGGCGGCGGCAGAGACGCAGCUGCCCCAGCGGUCGCUGCCCAGCUACCAUAG